AUCAACAAAAACAACAAACGAGUCAUAAGCAUAACACGUCAGUGUUUAGUUUUAAAGAAACGUCCAUAACUACAAUCAAUGGUCAAAAACCCCUAACAAGACGGCCACCGAUGGCAAUGGACACAAAACUUAAAACAAGAAAAUCACUAGCACUUUUCCACGAAUUUACUUAAUUUAAUUCCAACCGCCAGAGAAAUAUCUAUAAGUAUAUAAAAUAUAGAUACCAAUAAGAAGGUGAAUCGGUAAAGAUUGAAAGCUGCAAUAUAUGUACACCUAGAUCUGCCACGCCAAUUUUAAGCCAAAAUCAUAAGUGUGACGUGUAAGUCAACAUUUAUAUCAAUAUUGGCAUCAUCUCUCAAUCCCUACAGUCAUUGACACCCACACAAGCAUACACUUGCUAAAAAAAAAGUACAAAUUGAAAAAGGAAAAUUUGGUAAGAUGGCUUUGCCAUUGAGCCAUAUGCUCCUCCUCGGCUGUAGUGAAAGGAAAUUAGCUAUGUGUAUUCUUCUGCUGCUAAUGGAGCUCUUUAUGGAAGGUGCUGAAGCUGCAUUAUCAAAUCAGCCAGAUAUACAAAAUCAUCUGGAGCUCGGCAAAGAGUUUUUGACACGGGGCCAAUUGUCGGAUGCCCUAACGCAUUAUCAUGCAGCUGUUGAGGGUGACCCUAACAAUUAUUUGACACUAUUUAAGCGAGGAACUGUCUAUUUGGCGCUGGGUAAAACUCGAUUUGCCAUUCAAGACUUCAGUCGAGUUCUGGAUCUGAAGCCCGACUUUACAGCAGCGCGCAGUCAGCGCGGUCUUGUCCAUAUGAAGAGCGGCGACUAUGAGAACGCUCUGAUUGACUUUGACGUUGUUUUACGUGAGGAAUCGCAUAAUGCAAUAGUUAAUGAGAACUAUGCAAGAUUAAAUCCUGCAAAGGAGCAAUGGCAGCUUGUGCGGCAUUUGAUGAAACACGGAGAUGAUCAGAAUGCUAUUGGUAUGAUAACACAGCUGCUGGAGAUCUCUCCUUGGUCAGUGGAACUCCGGCAAGCCCGCUCAGAUGCCUACCUAAAGGUUAACGAUCCUCUCUCAGCUAUUAGUGACUUACGGCAGGUGAAUCGUCUAUCGCAGGAUAGCACCGAAGGACAUUAUGAUAUUGCUCAGUUGCUUUAUAAGAUUGGCCACGCUACGAAUGCGCUGAAAGACAUACGCGAAUGCCUCAAGCUCGAUCCCGAACACAAGCUCUGUUUCCCAUUCUACAAAAAGCUGCGAAAAGUCGAAAAACAAUUGUCAUCAGCUGAGCAGGCAAAAGAAGAAAAUCAGGCGAAUGAUUGUUUAACACAUGCCGAAGCUGUACUCAGGUUGGAGCCAGACGAAACCAUGAUUCGCUACGAAGCUCACAAAUUACUUUGUUCUUGCUAUACGACAGAUGAGCAGUAUGGCAAGGCCCUGUCCCAAUGCAAACUUGCCCUGGACAUCAUGAAAGAUGCUCAACUUUAUUGUGAUCGAGCCGAUGCGCUACUAGGCAGUGAAAUGUACGACGAUGCCAUACAUGACUUCCAGGCGGCCCUCGACAUUGAUGAGAACAGUAGCCGCGCCAAAGAGGGCAUACAGAAAGCCAAAAAACUCCAAAAGCAAGCAGAACGUCGUGACUAUUACAAAAUUCUUGGAGUGAAACGCAACGCAAGCAAGCAGGAGAUAGUCAAAGCAUACCGUAAGGCGGCUCAAAAGUGGCAUCCCGACAACUUUAAGGAUGAGGAAAAGAAGCUGGCCGAAAAAAAGUUUAUUGAUAUUGCUGCUGCAAAAGAGGUGCUGACAGAUCCUGAGAAGAGACGUCAGUUUGAUAACGGCGAGGACCCGCUCGAUCCUGAAAGCAAUCAUCAUGGAUUCCGCGGUGCGGAUCCGUUUGCCCACUUUCAACACGGAUCGCCUUUCCAGUUUAAGUUUCAUUUCAAUUAAUUUGUAUAUCAGGGAAUAGUCAAGAACUGGAACUUCGCUGCCAUUGCUGAGCAAUUUUUUUUUGUUUUUUUCCACUCAAUAACUGCAAAUUUCAAUGCUUCAUAAUCACUCCACCCAACAAUUUCUGCAAUUUGCUCAUGUCUAUCUAAAAAAUAAUUUACAAUUGCUUGCAUUGGCAUUUUUAAAAACCGUGUAAAUAGUAAUAUGAAACCAAUGUCUUAUAACUAAGCGCAAGAAAAGAAACUAGAACAUAGCACUAUAAAACACAAAAAUUAAAGCAAAAUCAAUGAAAA